AAGCCAAUAUGAAAAUAAUUAUUACACUUUGAGUUACAAGUAAACGUCGUAAGUUAUUUUAUUAUAGUUUACUUAAGUGCGAUUUUAUACGGGAUUUAGAAUUCAAAACUAAUAUUUUCUUUUAAUAAACAGUUAAUUUAUACUUGAGUUGAGAAUCAAAUCAAAAUUCAGAAUAAUAGCCAAAAAUGUACGUACAAGGAAGAAUUAUUUAUUUUUUAUUAUUUACCGUUGUAAUUAUGUGCCAAGGACGUCCACAAGGAGAACCCACAGUACAACCAACAGGAAAACCAGAACCUUAUGAAUACGAAUAUAAAGUUGACGAUCAGCCCAGUGGAAAUUAUUACGGACAAAAUGAAAUUGGUAAAGAUACAGGAAGAGUUGAAGGUUCAUACUUUGUGCUAUUACCUGAUGGCAGACUUAUGACUGUAUCUUACUACGUUGACGGGGAAAGUGGUUUCGUGCCAAAAAUCACCUUUCAAGACAAUGCUAGUCCCUUUGAGAAAAGUGGAAGUACAGAAUCAAAUAAGAUAAAUAUUAAUUAAUUCAUUUUAAUUAAAAUGUAUCUGUAAAACUUGUUAAUAUUUUAAUUACAAUUAAAACGGAAAAAUUAAAUAUGUACGUACUAUAAUUUAUGCAGAACGUCUGUUAAAAAUAUACUGUACAUAAUUAAUUGUUUUAAUAAUAUUAUAAGAAUUAAGUUAUACUGUUUAAAAAAUGUAUCUAGUGCCUCAAAAGUAUAUACAAUUUAUUUACA